CCCCACCAUGGCCGUCAGCUAGCACCGCUACCAGACACGACUGACGACGCCUCCACACUCGCUGCCAGCUCCUCACCAGCAACCGCUUGCAACGCAUCUCGCUCGCCUCUCCUGCCCGCUCAUUGAACCAUCGCCAACAUGGUCCCUCCCAUCGUUCUCGACGGCGGUACCGGAUUCCUCAAGGUCGGAUAUGCCGCCCAAAACUUCCCCGAGCACCAGUAUCCGUCGAUUGUCGGUCGGCCGAUCCUCCGAUCCGAAGAGCGGACAGACAACGAUGUGGUCAUCAAGGACAUCAUGUGCGGUGACGACGCGGCGGCGGCUCGGACGAUGCUGCAGAUCAGCUAUCCCAUGGAGAACGGAAUUGUCAAGAAUUGGGAGGACAUGCAGCAUCUCUGGGACUACACCUUUUCCGAGAAGCUCCAGAUCAACCCGCAGGGCGAGAAGAUCCUGCUUACCGAGCCGCCGAUGAAUCCCCUAAAGAACAGAGAGAAGAUGUGCGAGGUCAUGUUUGAAAGAUACGGGUUUGGCGGAGUCUACGUUGCCAUCCAGGCCGUGCUGGCACUAUAUGCACAAGGUCUGAGCUCUGGUGUUGUUGUCGAUUCUGGUGACGGUGUCACGCACAUUGUUCCCGUCUACGAAUCCGUCGUGCUAAACCACCUUACCAAGCGGUUGGAUGUCGCUGGUCGAGAUGUCACCCGCAACCUAAUCAAGCUGCUCCUGCGCCGAGGAUACGCCCUCAACAGAACCGCCGACUUCGAGACAGUCCGCCAAAUCAAGGAGAAGCUAUGCUACGUCUCGUACGACCUCGAGCUUGACAAGCGCCUGAGCGAAGACACAACAGUGCUGGUGGAGGACUACACCCUCCCCGACGGCCGAGUCAUCCGCGUGGGAAGUGAGCGGUUCGAGGCACCCGAGUGUCUGUUCCAGCCUCACCUUGUGGACAAUGAGUCUCCGGGUCUGGGCGAGUUCCUGUUCAACACCAUCCAGUCGGCUGAUGUGGACAUCCGAGCAUCGCUCUUCAAGGCAAUUGUGCUGUCUGGAGGCAGCAGCAUGUACCCUGGUCUCCCGUCACGACUGGAGAAGGAGCUGAAGCAGCUGUGGCUGACGCGAGCGCUCCAGGGCAACCCUGAGCGUCUGAGCAAGUUCAAGGUGCGCAUUGAGGAUCCUCCCCGGAGAAGACACAUGGUGUUCCUGGGAGGCGCUGUUCUGGCCAACAUCAUGGCUGAGAACGAGAGCAUGUGGGUGACCAAGGCGGAGUGGGAGGAGCAAGGCGUGCGAGCCCUGGAGAAGCUUGGGCCACGAUGAGGAGUGAAGUAGUACCUAGUCUACCGCGUAUAUAUACGGAGUAUGAAUGGGAGGGAGUAGAAUCUAAACGGGAGCAGCAGAGUCGAUGACAUUUAUUUGUAUGGCUAGAUGAAGCAUUAAAAGACGUUAUUUUAUUUAC